AUGAAAAUUAAAACCAUAUCAGAUACAAUUCUUGUGAAAUGUCCAUACGCAAAUUACACACAUUCAAAUGUUGAAGAUAGCUUUAAAAUACAUGCUUCAUUACCGUCGUCAAAAUCAAGAAUUAACAGUGAAACAGAAAUCUUCGUAUGGAUACCAUUGGCACAUAAUGUAUCAGGACAUAGUUCAAUCAUUUGUGGAAAAAUUAUACUAACUAUUGAAAACAAUUUAUUGCCUUAUUAUUGGAGUUUUAAAUUCAUUUGGCUGUCUAAACCAAAACAAUUAGAAAUGGCAAAGAAAGAAAAAAUAUCAAAAACACUUCCUACACCUGAUAAUUGUGGCAGCAAUCCAGCUACAAUUGUUAAAUUUACCAGAGAUAAACAAGGUAUUAUGAAACGUGUUAAUAUAAAUAACGGUGAAUUGAAGGAAGCAGAUGAAUUACCUCAUCCCAAUAAAUUGUAUUAUUUUUUUUUGGUACCAGAAGAAAAUUCCAUUCUGGAACAUGUACCUCCUUGUGCAAUUAUUAGAGCAGUUAAUGAGAAACCAGAAAUAAAAAUUAAUGGCCAAGAACAUCCAGUGUCUUCAACGAAUAACAAAAUACAUGUUAUUAAAAGAAAAACCAUGACAGAAGUCUUCAAUAUAAAACUUGAGUUGCUGUCUCCAGAUACUCCUGAUUUCUAUAAAGGUGAAAAAAUUUUAAUGAAAGAAAUGAGAUACACAAAAUCAGGUAUUGAAGACAUACUAAAUACUGAUGAAACGAUAAUAGACAGCUUUACUCUACAUCAAUUUAAAAUACUGAAGUUCACCUACAAUUAUCCUGCACUUGAAAAUGAUAACGUUGUAGAAAAAAUAUACUAUUUUGGACCAAUGAAAGAUGAUUAUAACUUUCCAAAUCAGGACAUAUUAUAUCUGGCAAAUGAAACGUCUAUUAAACCAAAUUGUACCAUUAAUGGAAUCACAUAUGGAUAUUUUGAUUCAAUUAUAUAUGAAAAUGAAACUAUUAAAUUAAAUGAAUUUAUUAAUAAUAAAAAGGAUAAUUUUGAACGUUCUGGAGAUUAUAUUAUUUUAAAAAAUAAUAAAACCAACAUGAUAUCUUUAAUGUGCCGUUAUAUUACUCUUACUGGAAGUGUUACUUUAACUCAAACAUUUAUUAAAGGAAAAAAAGUAUUUAUGGGAAAAAAUAAAAAAGGAGAAGAUAUAUAUAAAAUUUUAUCACAAACUGAUGCAUCAGAAUAUGAAAAAAAAAUGGCUGAUAAAAAAAAAGAAAUGGAAUCUAUGAAAAAAUCUUUUAUUGAUAAAUUAAUUGAUUAUAUUGGUAUUGGUGGUACAUAUGGUCUUAUUGGUGAUGCUGGUGAUUCUCACUGA